AUGGAUAUUGCUUCAACAAAUUUUGAAAAUGUUGGACCUUUCACUCGUGCAUGGGAAUGGCUCAAGGCCUUGCCUGUAAAGUUAUGGGCUAUGGCAGUCGAGUUUGCAAAUAAGAUGAAGAAACUUGGACAAGAUGAUCCCCGAAGAAUAGUCCAUUCGCUCAAAGUAGGAGUGGCUAUCUCGUUGGUUUCCUUGUUCUAUUACGUCCGACCGCUCUUCGACCGUUUUGGUGAAAAUGGAAUAUGGGCGGUUUUAACCGUCGUUCUAGUGUUCGAGUUUUCAGUUGGAGGAACAUUGGGAAAAGGCCUAAACAGGAUGCUGGCAACGUUGUCCGGUGGUGCGCUAGCUGUCGGAGUUGAUCAGGUGGCAACUCUCUUCGAUGGGACGGGACAACCCAUAGUACUUGGAAUCUUAGUCUUUAUAAUAGCUGCAACGGUAACAUUUAUGAGAUUCUUCCCUGCACUGAAGGCAAGAUACGAUUAUGGACUGAUGAUAUUCAUAUUGACUUUUUGCUUGGUAUCUGUGUCGAGUUAUAAAGAUGAUGAGGUUCUAGAUAUGGCCUGCCAGAGGCUAUACACAAUCAUCAUUGGUUGCUUUAUUGCUAUCAUUAUAUGCAUCUGUGUAUGCCCUGUCUGGAUUGGGGAGAAUCUGCAGAACCAAAUAGCUAACAAUUUGGAAAAGCUUGGGAAUUUCUUAGAAGGAUUUGGUAGGGAAUACUUCAGAUUGUCAGAGGAAGGGCAUUCCACUGAUGAUGAUAAAUCAUUUCUUCACGGGUAUAAAAGUGUUCUGACUUCUAAAGACAAGGAAGAAACUAUGGCCAAUUUAGCGAGAUGGGAAUUUUGGCACUAUCGUUUUGGGUUCCGUCAUCCUUGGAAUCGUUACCUUAAAGUUGGAACCUUGACUCGGCAGUGUGCCUACAAAAUUGAAGACCUCAACAGCUAUCUCAACCGAGAAUCUCAGACACCACCAGAAUUCCGCAGUAAAAUUCAAGCUACAUGCACGAAGAAGAGCAUGGAAUCAGGCAAGGCAUUGAUGGAGUUAGCAUCUGCAAUCAAGACAAUGACACCACCAUCCUCUGCCAAACCCCACAUUGCAAAAUCCGAAAGUGCAGCCAAAGGCUUCAAAUCCUUGCUGCAAGCAGGCUUGUGGGAAGAAAUCGAUUUCUUUGAGGUUUUGCCAGCGGCAACCGUGGCAUCACUGCUAGUUGAUGUGGUUUCUUCCAUGGAGAAAAUUGCGGAGUCGAUUAAUGAGCUUGCCACUCUUGCACGUUACGAAAGUGCCGAGCAUAUUAUUGAGGAAGAAAAGGAGGCAGCUGGGUCACUUCACCUACAACCAAUCCCGCCAUGUUCGAGCACCAGUGGAGAACAUCAUGUUAUUACAAUCGAUCAGCCGUCUAGAUAUUUACCAUAA